AUGGGGUCAAUACAGCAGAAGUCGCAUUUCAAGAAACUGCAACAAUUCAAGGCAAAUUAUGCCGACGCCACGUUCACUCAGUAUGAAUCGCAGCGAACAGGUCUUCGGGUGGUGGUAGUCGAUCGAAAGGGUCCCAAAGUAUACGGCAACUUUGCAGUGGCCACAGAGAUUCACGAUGAUUCGGGUGCACCGCAUACCCUUGAGCAUCUCUGCUUCAUGGGCUCGCGGAAAUACCCUUUCAAGGGUGUACUAGACAAGAUUGCCACCCGAUCGUACUCCGACACAAAUGCGUGGACAGAUGUCUCCGAGACAGUGUAUACUCUCUCAACUGCAGGCUGGGAAGGCUUCGCCCAACUACUGCCCAUCUACUUAGACCAUCUCAUUGUACCUACGCUUACCGAUGCUGGCUGCUACACUGAGGUACAUCACGUUGAUGGCAAAGGAGAAGAUGCAGGUGUGGUCUACUCCGAAAUGCAGGGGCGUCAAAACUUGCAGGGUGAUCUGAUGGAUCUCCAGAUGCGCCGCCUCCUCUAUCCUGAAGGCGACGGUUUCCGUAUGGAGACAGGUGGUCUGAUGGAGAAUCUACGAGUUUCCACCGCAGAGCGCAUCCGCCAAUUUCAUCGAGACAUGUAUCAACCCAAGAACAUACGACUUGUACUGAUCGGAGAGGUGGAUCAUUCAAAUCUCUUGGAGGUACUAGACAAGUUCGAGGAUCAGAUUGUUGAUCGCGUACCGGCUUACGAUGCGCCCUUCAAGCGGCCAUGGGUCGAGUCAAAGCAGACUCCGCCGCUGAGCAAGACUAUCGUCGACACAGUCGAGUUCCCAGAAGAGGACGAAUCAACGGGUGAGGUUCAGAUUGCCUUUCUGGGACCUAAAACCAUCGAUGACCUUGGAGAGACUGCCAUCAACACACUGCUCAACUACCUUGCUGGUUCAUCUGUUUCAGUCCUGGUCAACACGCUCGUCGAGAAAGAGCAUCUUGCGAGUAUGGUCUAUUUUUGGUGCAAAGGACAUACCGAUAUGAUCAUUUGGUGGACCCUAUCAUCCGUAGAGACAGAUAAGCUGGCAGAUGCCGAGAAACGUUUCUUCGAAGUCCUCAAAGAACACGCUUCCAAGCCGCUUGACAUGAGCUACCUCAAAGACUGUCUCCAUCGGUUCAAGCGCCAAACCCGAUACAUGUCUGAGAUUGGUAUGGAUGAGUACAAAGAUCCGAUCAUCAAAGACCACGUCUUUGGCGACCGGAAUGGAACUCACCUUGAAGAAGCGAUGGCCACUCUUGAUGUAUUCGAUACCUUGGAUAAAUGGACCGAGGAGGAAUGGCGAGCGUACCUGAACAAGUGGAUGGUAGAUGCUCACCAUGUUUCCAUUUUGGGUAAGCCCUCCAAGGCACUCUCAGACAAGAUCAAAGCAGAUGAGGUUGCACGCGUCAAGGCACAACAAGAAAAACUGGGCGAAGAGGGACUGGAGAACCUCGCACAGAAGCUCAAGGAAGCCCAAGAGGAAAACGACAAGCCCAUCCCAGAAGAGAUCAUCGCCGGUGUUCAGGUUCCAAGCACCGAAUCUAUCCACUUCUAUGAGACUACCACAGCACGCUCUGGAUUGGCGAAGAAGCUGGGCACCUCGGAGAAUAACAUUCAAACAAUUGUUGACAAGGACGAGAACGGUCUCCCGCUCUUCAUUCACUUUGAGCAUAUACCGACCUCUUUUGUGCAUUUCGGCUUAGCCCUUGGAACUGCAUCACUACCAACAGAACUCAAGCCUCUGCUCGGUGUAUAUCUGACCAACUUCUUCGCCACUCCUAUCGUGAAGGAUGGAAAGCGUAUUGAGUUCGAGGAGGUUAUCACUAAGCUUGAGCAGGAUACCAUUGAAUACUCCAUGGACCGUGGUACCGACAUCGGAAGCUCUGAGAUGAUCUACAUCCCUUUCAUCGCUGAAGCGGACAAGUUCGAGACGGUCGUUUUAUGGUUGAGGUCAAUGCUCGUCGACUCUGUGUUCGACACUGAGCGCAUCAUUUCUGCUGUCAAAAAGAUGCUUGCCGACGUGCCUGAGGAGAAGCGUGACGGUAAUUCCAUGAGCUUCGCAGUCGACCGCAUGAUCCACUACGAUGCUGCGUCAGCCGUUCGUGCGACUGGAACACUUGUGAAGGGCCUAUACCUCAAGCGCAUCCUGAAGCUGCUCAAGACGGAGCCUCAGCAGGUUCUCGACAAGCUCGAAGCCUUGCGUAAACACCUACUGACUUUCUCCAACAUGCGCAUCCUCGUUACCGCCAACCUCGAGACCCUGCCAAACCCGGUAUCCACCUUCAAACACCUCACCGAAGCCUUCAAACCCGGCCCAGAACCAACCGUGAACCCGAUCGACGACCGUAAUGCGCUCCUAUCGGAUAUCGGCCGCAAUCCGGGUGGCACACACUACAUCAUCCCCAUGCCCAUUGACUCCUCCUUCGCAUCAAUCCGCGGCACAGGUCUCGCAUACGGCAGCAACUUCUUCCGUGACCCCGAAACAGGACUGCUCAAAUUCCGCAUCUCCAAAUCCCCCAACGUGUUUGCCGCGUACAACAAAGCCAAGACGGUCAUCAAGGAGUAUGGCAAUGGCACGCAGGAGUUUGAGAAGCUGGCGCUGGAAGGUGCUAUCUCUAGUAUCGUGCGUGACUUUGUCGAUGAGCGCGCUACUGUUGUCGAUGCCGCUAGGAGCUCCUUUAUUGAUCUUGUUACGCGUGGUGUUGGCAAGGACUGGCAGGAUUGGGCACUUCGCGAGGUGCGCAAGGUGACUGAAGAAGAUGUCAAGAAGAUCUUGAACGAGGUUGUAGCUGGUGUGUUUGUGCCUGAGAAGACGGAUCUGGUCGUGACAUGUGGUGGUAUUAUGACUGACGGUCUCAAGAAAGACUUCGAAGACGCUGGCUUCAAGAUUGAGAUCAAGCAACUUGCCGACUUCCAAGACGCAUAUGGUCUGGAGGGCGAAGAGGAUGACGACGAUGACGAUGAUCUGUCAGGUAGCGACGACGGCGACGAUGAUUCUGAAACUGGGUCGGAAAUGGAGGAGUAG